AUUAUUAGCUUAUUUAUCCAUUAGAAAACUUUGUACAAAACCAAUAAACAAAUUGUCAACAUUUGAUUAAUAGGUUCACAAGGUCAGUUCUUAGUUGAUAUCUUCGAAGUAGUUCACUCAUUUGUUGUGGCUUUUAACAUGAAAAUGUUAACUAUAUUAUGUUGUGUUGCCAUUAUACCAACGGUUUUAUGUGCGCCAUAUACAUACACUACAAAAUAUAUUGAUGUGCCCAUCGAUCAUUUUAAUUUUGCGAAUAAUGCCACAUUUAAAUUGAGGUAUCUCGUAAAUGAUACGUAUUACGUCAAGGAUGGCCCCAUAUUCUUCUACACGGGAAAUGAGGGUCAAAUAGAAACAUUCGCUCAAAAUACUGGAUUCAUUAACGAUAUAGCCCCAAAAUUUAAUGCCCUUAUAGUUUUUGCCGAACACAGGUACUAUGGAGAGUCUCUACCAUUUGGUAACCAGUCUUAUACGAAUCUUAAAAAUUUGGGUUAUCUUUCAUCAUCACAAGCUUUAGCGGACUUUGUAUAUCUAAUAACCGAACUCAAACAACAAUAUAAAAGCCAGGAAUUAUCCUCAGUGCCAGUAAUUGCUUUUGGUGGCUCUUAUGGAGGAAUGCUAUCAGCUUGGAUAAGGAUAAAGUAUCCGGCUAUGGUGGAAGGUGCUAUAGCAUCUAGCGCCCCUAUAUGGCAAUUUACAGAUCUAACGCCCUGUAAAUUGUUUUACAGGAUUGUUACCAAUGUAUAUGAAACAUUUGGGACUGAAAAAUGUGCUGAUACUAUUAAGAAAUCCUGGGCUCUACUCAGGGCUCAAGGCAAGUCUGAUGCUGGAAAGGCCUGGCUAACUGAAGAAUUUAAGCUGUGUUCACCUUUGAAAACAGAUGCAAACAUAUCCGCUUUAGCUGACUGGAUAAGCGGCAUUUACGUGAAUUUGGCCAUGGUGAAUUACCCUUACCCGACUGGGUUUUUGGCACAAUUACCCGCUUACCCAGUCAGAGAAGUGUGCGAUAAUAUCAAUAGUAUCAACAUAACUUCGGAUAGAGAUCACUUGAAGGCCAUAAGUAUGGGACUUAGUGUGUACACCAACUUCACUAAGAGUAAAAAAUGCAAUUCUUUGGGCGGGACUUCAGCCAAUCUAGGAGAAAAAGGGUGGGGCUUCCAGUCUUGCACUGAAAUGGUUAUGCCGAUGUGCUCAACCGACGAUGAUAUGUUUGAAAACCUGAAAUGGGACUUCAAACAAUACCAAGAAGACUGCACGAAGUCCUAUUUCGGUGUUAAACCAUUAAACCCUUACCUCCCAAUUAUGGAAUAUGGUGGAAAAGAUUUAGAAGCAGCCUCAAACAUCGUUUUCAGUAAUGGUCUUAUGGAUCCUUGGUCUAGCGGUGGGGUCCUAAGCAACGUAUCAUCGAAAAUUUUUAGUGUUAUUCUUCCUGACGGAGCCCAUCACUACGAUUUGAGGUCAGCGAACCCUGACGAUACCGAUACAGUUAAAGACGUCAGAAAUUUUCACGUCAAAGCCAUAAAAUCGUGGCUUAAAAAUUUUUAUAAAGCCCACACAUUAGCCAAUGUAAAUGAUUUUAGCAAAUUCUAGAAUAAACAAAUAUAACAAUUAAA